AUGUAUAAGUUGUGGUACUCUGGAGUCGUGAGGGGUAAGAAUGAAGUAGGUAUCUUGGUGGAUAGGGAUCUUAGAGAGUCUGUAGUUGAGGUUAGGCGAGUGAAUGAUAGGUUAAUGUUUAUUAAGUUGGUGAUUGGCGAGUGCACCCUCAACGUAGUUAGCGCUUACGUGCCGCAAGCGGGCUUGGAUGAGGAGGUUAAGAGGCGCUUUUGGGAGGACUUGGACGAGAUUGUGCGUAGUAUUCCACCUACUGAAAGGUUAUUUAUUGGAGGGGAUUUUAAUGGCCAUAUUGGGUCGGUUGCUGGUAGUUAUGGCGAGAGGGAGAAGUAUCUGGUUACUUUCCAAAGUUCGGCGGUGAAGACUCAGAUUGAUUACCUUAUCCUCAGGAGGUGUGAUAGAGGGUUGUGCAAGGAUUGCAAGGUUAUUCCGGGAGAGACCCUCGCGACUCAGCAUAGGCUCCUAGUGAUGGACAUCGGCAUUACGAUGAAGAGGAGGAAGAGGUAG